AUGAAAAGAUUGUUUCAACAAUCAUCAUGUUUCUUCUCACCUCGACACGGUUACACUUGGUUGGGUGCAUCGUCCAGGCUCUCUUGGAAGCAAAAUCAAGCAGCAAUUAUUGCUUCAACAAUUUCUAAGAGUAACGCCGUACAGUGCAUGCAUCGAAAUAAUCUUACACUUCAACAAUAUAAUAUCCAAAAUCGGAAUGAUGACGAUUCGAAUGAUCAAAUUCCUAUCCCCUAUCACAACAAGCGUACUUUCUCAUUCGACACAGAAUACAAUCAUAAUACUAUGAAAUUGAUGAAAAUUGCUGCUCUUCUGUGUACACUUGUGGGAAGUGGAUUGGCUUGGUAUUUAUUGAAGGGUAACAUGAAUCAAAAGAUGAUCACUUCUGCUCAGGAAGGUUGUGACGAUAAUUUCCAACAAACAAUGAAAAUUGAACCACUACCACCAUCAUCAUCAUCACAACAACAGACUCUUUUAAGCCCCAUUCAAAAGCAACAACUUGAUUUAAUCUUUCAGUCCUUUAAAGAAACCGUUUCCAGUCCUGGUAUGCAAAUUGCAAUUUCUCAAAAUGGAUCACUCAUUUACAAUCAAUGUUUUGGUUUUUCCAACGUUGAAAAUAGAAUUCCCGUCCAUGAGAACACAAAAUUCAGAAUUGCCAGCAUUUCUAAACCCAUCUCAAGCGUGGCACUUGCCUUAAUGAUUGAGAAAGGACUUGUCAAUCUCGACAAACCCAUCUUUCACUAUUUAUCGGAGGAAUCAAAAAAGAAAAUUCCUUCUGAACUCAUCUACAAGGGAGAGAAAUUUAACACCAUUACUCUACGACAAUUGGCCUCACAUUUGAGUGGUGUCAGAGAUUACAACGAUGUUGAGAAGGAAUUCAUGAGCUGGACAAAAAACUAUCGCUCCAUCAUUGAUGCUUGUGAAAUGUUCAUACAGGACGAACUGGUGAACAAACCAGGUGACAAGUAUUCCUAUUCAACGUAUGGCUACACUCUCAUGAGUGCUGUGAUGGAAGAUAUUUUGAAAGCUCAAUCCGAAAAUCCUUCAUUGACACUGGAAACAAAAAUUUUCCUUCAAAAUGCAAAAGAUUUUAAAUCGUUUUGUAAGAAACAUAUAUUUGAUGUACUUGAGAUGAAUAACACUACAUUUGAUGAGAAGGAUAAGAUUAUUUACAAUAGAAGCUCGUUCUACAUGAGAGAUACAUCUGGGGAAAAUGCAUAUGAAUUGUUGAAUGUGCCAAGUGUAGACAAUAGCUACAAAUGGGCUGGAGGUGGCAUGUUAUCCACAUGUCAAGAUCUGCUCAAGUUUGCGAACGGCUUACAAAAAUUACUUCCUCCUUCACAAUAUCGCCAACUCAUUGACCAAACUUUGUGGAUUUCACAGAAAACCAAUGAAGGAUUACCUACUCAAUAUGGAAUUGGAUUUGUUGUGAAAACCAUUCGCUUGAACGGGAAGGAAGAAAAACUCGUGUAUCACACUGGAGGAGCUUGUGGAUGUUGUUCCAUAUUGUGGAUGGUUCCUUCUCGAGGCAUCUCGAUUGCCAUGAUUGUGAACAUUCUUCAUGCAAAGAGAAUGACUGAACUCUGUGAAGAGGUCACUCGACUUCUUUGUCGAGAAUGA